AUGAAAUUCACCAAAUCCAAAAAAGAGACCAAGAAGUCCCCCGAAGAAGAAUACGUCGAACGAAUCUCCACCCUCACAGAAAGCGAACUGCGCGAUCUCCACAAAGACCUCAAAAUCGACCAUUAUGUCAACAGCACCGCUGCCGUGAUCAACACCGCAUCUGGCGUCGGCCUUCUCAGCAUGCGCUCAACCACUCGCAGGUACCGAACCGAACGCAUGCAGAUCGAAGCCAUGGAGGCUCGCAUGAACGAAAUGGGAUGGACGGCCCACCCGAAUCGAUACAGGGAUGCGGUGCCGAUUGCGCUGGGAGUCGCCGCCGGGACCACGGCCGGGAUGUCGUUUGGGCUCAUCAAUGUUGAGAAGAAUGCGAAACGUACUACGGACUAUGUGAAGAAGAAGGACCUGUUCAAGACGAAGGAGCUGGUCGAGACGAAAGAAAUUGAUGCUGAGACUGAGACUGAGGAAGCUGAAGUUGCCGAAGAGGUAGAAGUUGCAGAGUCUUCUCCGGAACGCACACAGACUCAUGAAAAGACCACCGAGCCCGUCAUCGUCUCGCACAGUAUCGCCAGAAAACCCGUCCCCGCCCCAGCACCAACCAACACCAUCGCAGCACCUUCGCAGCCCGAAAAUCUCAACACCGCCGUCGAGAUCACCCACGACACCCGCGUGGUCUCCAUAGAACCAACCGCCACCGAACCACCCGCCCCUUCCGUCCAUGCGUGCCCGGCCGCAGAGCCGAAGCCGACGAAGAAGGAAGCGCUCUUCUCCCAGGUCUCCGUCAUGAACAAGAAAAUGCGCAGCUUCGGGUUCAAGAGGGACGGAGAGGAGAAGGAGACGACGGUUUCUGUCGCGGAGAUUGCGUGCGAUGCGCGGAGUCCUGCGAUGGAUGCGGAGGCAGGUGCGGUGGUUGGUCACGGGGUUGUCGAAAAGCUGGAUGGGCCGCCGCUGUACACCGCCGAGGCGGAGGAGUGUGUUGGUUGA